AUGGAACUUAUAACUACAUUAAUUCAGAUUAAAAAUAACCUUUCUAUUAUAGCUGAUGCUCGGUUUAAAACAAUAGGUUUGAUAGAAGGAUUAUGCAAGUAUGAAAUUGUUUUAACAGCUCAAAUUUAUUUGCGGAUUUUUCUAAAAACUACUCCACUAUUUAAGUAUUUACAAGGUCAUGGAGUAAAUAUAAUUACAUCUUAUCAAAUGGUUCAGGCAACACUUGAAGAGUUUAAACUUAAUGCACGUGACUUCUCAAGUGUCAAGGAAGCAGCAGACAAUUUUGUUGCAUGGGCAAAUAAUAAAUUAGAAGAUGAAGACAUACUACAGCUGGUGAUAAGUACUGUGUGGUUUGUGUUUUUAAUUUUUUAGUGAAGUAUAAUUUAUACACCAACACUUAUCCUGGUCUCUACAACUGCUACAAAUUACUACUUACUCUGUCAGUCACUCAAGUAAGCUGUGAACGUGGAUUUUCAAAAUUAAAAUAUAUAAAAUCAUAUUUAAGGAGCACCUUAUCACAAGACCUUUUGGAAAGUUUCAUGCUCAUUGAGAAAGAAUUGGUGAACAGAAUUGACUUGGACAAAAUAAUUGAUCAAGUAGCUUCUAAAAGUAAAUUAUUACAAAAAUUACUAUUGUUUUAA